UAAUUAUUAAUGAACCUCUCUCUCUCUAGUCUAAGAGAAAUGUCCACAUAUCCUCAGAUUAUUUAUUAUUAUUGUGUAAUGAGUUGUGCUCUCAGUUGGAGUCAUCAGGUUCCAUUAGAAGAGGAGGAGGAGGAGGUCAUUCACUAAUUGGGAAUGAGAUAUCAUCAUUUAUUUAUAAUAAUAAUAACAAUAAGAAUAAUGUUAGUUCUAGUUUGUUAAAGUUAACUAAUCAAAAACAUGAUUUCACAACUGAUCACUUACAAAAAGAUAGCACACUACACCUCUGUACUUUAUUACAUUCAACUCGUCUUUCUUCCAUUCCUUCUAUGGCUUCUCUUCUAAUUCAACCAAUCAACUUCACUAAAAUGAAAAAGCACACAGUGAUACUAGGUCAUCUUGCUCCAGUGUUUUGUCUCUCAUUUGAUUCAACUGGUCAAAGGAUCAUUACUGUUAGUCCUCCAUUACUGGGUGCUGAUGAUGAUCUAGCUAAGAUAUGGUGUAGCAGGACUGGUCAGUUGGUGACAACACUAAGAGGACAUCAUGCUGAAAUAACUGACCUCUCAGUGUGUUGGGACAACACACUGAUAGCUACUGGUAGUCUUGAUAAACUGGUGAGGGUUUGGUGUGGACACACUUCAUCUCCUUUAGCUGUUCUUAGUGGACACUCUGGACACAUCACCUCAGUACAGUUGUCACCUUCUCCUGAUGAUGAUAGCAAGUAAACUAAUAAACUAAUUUUAAUACUAUCAUACACAAUGUACUCAUCUUAUCUCCUCU